GUUGUAAUCCACAGCACUGAUUUGUAUGAGAAAGGCUCUUGUGAACACGGCGAAUGUAGAAAUCGCUUUUAAACCAGGAGUUUCCCUUCAACGGAGAAGUUUGCGAUAUUUUGAAGCGUAAACCUGCUGAGAAGAGAAUCGCCGGAUCGCGCAUAAGGAGAGCAAACUGGAGAUUAAAUAUACACCCUCAGCCAUUUUGCCUCCGAGGGCUAUUUAUUCUCCGACCGCACGGUAUGCAAACCCACCACAACUCCGUGCCAAACAAGUGAAGCGGAGAUGGGUCGGCCCUUCAAGAUCUGAACCGAGCUCUUUCCAACCCCGCGCUGUUUUAUCGACAGGACAAAAAGACAGGACCUAAAGGAUGGAGUGCUACCUGUUGGGGAUAUACCUGUUCCUUGCGCUUGCCCUGCUGCCCAGGUCCAGCGGCACCACGGCCAAGGAGAUCACCUGUCAGGAGAUCGCCGUACCCCUGUGCAAGGGCAUCGGCUACAACUACACCUACAUGCCCAACCAGUUUAACCACGACACGCAGGAUGAAGCGGGCUUGGAGGUGCAUCAGUUCUGGCCUCUCGUGGAGAUCCAGUGCUCCCCGGAUUUGAAGUUUUUCUUAUGCAGCAUGUACACCCCCAUAUGCCUGGAGGACUAUAAGAAACCCCUGCCGCCGUGCCGGAGUGUUUGCGAGCGAGCCAAGGCGGGCUGCGCUCCGCUUAUGCGCCAGUACGGCUUUCCGUGGCCCGACCGGAUGAGGUGCGAUUUGCUGCCCGUGCAAGGCGCAACGGACAUCCUGUGCAUGGACGACAACCGAACGGACGCCACUACGCUAUCACCAGUGCUCUCCAAACCCACGAACCACCCCAGCAAACCCCUUAACCCGCAUAAAAAGAAAAACGGGCGAACGGGUGUCGGACCUAAAGUAAAUAAGCCGUGCGAACCUGGCUGCCAGUGCCGCGCGCCGAUGGUGGCCGUGAACAGCGACAGACACCCGCUGUAUAACCGCGUAAAGACGGGUCAGAUCCCGAACUGCGCCAUGCCGUGUCAUAACCCGUAUUUCACCCAGGACGAGCGGACCUUCACGGCCUUCUGGAUCGGACUUUGGUCGGUGUUGUGUUUUAUAUCCACAUUCGCCACCGUUGCGACGUUUUUAAUCGACAUGGAGCGAUUUAAAUACCCCGAACGCCCGAUUAUUUUUCUGUCGGCGUGUUACAUGUUUGUGUCCGUCGGUUAUAUCGUACGGUUAAUAGCCGGUCACGAGAAAGUGGCGUGCAAUCGGGAGUACGACGUGGAGCACAUUCACUACGAGACCACCGGCCCCGCACUUUGCACCGUCGUGUUUUUGUUGAUUUAUUUUUUCGGGAUGGCCAGCUCGAUAUGGUGGGUCAUUCUCUCUCUGACCUGGUUCCUGGCAGCGGGCAUGAAAUGGGGCAACGAGGCCAUCGCCGGGUAUUCCCAAUACUUCCACCUGGCAGCCUGGCUUAUCCCGUCCAUGAAGUCCAUCGCCGUGUUGGCAUUGAGCUCCGUGGACGGCGAUCCGGUGGCCGGGAUCUGCUACGUGGGUAACCAGAAUUUGGACAACUUGCGCGGUUUCGUGUUGGCACCGUUGGUGAUCUAUUUAUUCAUUGGCACCAUGUUUCUCCUGGCUGGAUUUGUGUCUCUGUUUAGGAUCAGGAGCGUCAUUAAACAGGGUGGCACAAAGACUGAUAAGCUGGAAAAGUUGAUGAUCCGAAUCGGGAUCUUCACGGUGCUCUACACGGUUCCCGCCACCAUCAUCGUGGCGUGUUACUUUUACGAGCAGCAUAAUAGACAAAGUUGGGAAGUCACCCAUAACUGCUCGUGUUUAUUGGAGCAAGAGAUCAAGAGGCCGGACUAUGCAGUCUUUAUGCUCAAAUACUUUAUGUGCCUUCUGGUGGGCAUCACGUCUGGUGUGUGGACGUGGUCCGGGAAGACCCUGGAGUCUUGGAGGAGUUUUUGUACACGCUGCUGCUGGGGCAGUAAAGGCUCCGGUGGGUCCAUGUAUAGUGACGUGAGCACGGGAUUAACGUGGAGGUCCGGUACCGCCAGCUCAGUCUCAUGCCCCAAGCAGAUGCCUUUGUCACAGGUUUGAAUCCCUGCUAAUUGUCUCGGAUCUCUUGGUCUUUCAUCCAUUUGCAUACAAAUGAACUUGUUGAUGGUUUCUAUUAGCUGGAGAACUCGUUGAAACAAUGCAGCAAUGCAGAAACAAUUACGUUUUGCUAAUUCCAUUCUAUUGAUAUGGACAUGACAUGCAAUCAGUAAUUCUUAAGGAGAAUUUGGGCAUUACAUUGUUCCUAGUGGAGUAAGACAAAUGUCCCCAACUUGCAGCAUUUUAUGUCAUUUACUUUUGCAACGUUGUUGUGAGACAAGUUUUGAAUUGUCUAAACAAUCAAAGAUGGUUUAAAUCAGCCUUAACGUCUUAGUGCCCAAUUACUAUUAUUAAUAUUAUUAUAUACGGGUUGUUGUUUUUUAAUUGCAAAAUGUAUUUAUACAAUGGAUAUGUACAAACUUGUAAAUUGUGUAUAAAAGAAGAUUUAUAAAAUUAUUGUAAAUUUGUACAUAGUGUAGAUGCCACAUAUGACUUUUAUUUUGACAAUAAAAACUUUUGGAAGAA